AUGGAUUUCUCGGAGGCCACGAAGAUCGUUUUCACCCGAAUCCAGAUGAUCGAGCCGGAGCUGGUCUCGAAGAUCAUCGGCUACCUCCUGCUCAAGGACUAUGGCGAUCGGGAGAUGAUCAGGCUGGCGUUUGGGCCGGACAGCGCCAUUCAUUCUCUCAUUGGCGAAGCCAAAGCCGCCCUCCCGGGCCUCGCAUUGUCUCCCAGGCCACCGGCGUUGGCCCCCAUGCACGCCGUCCCCGAUGCCCCCCUUCAAUUUCCGUCCUAUUCUCCGACCACCGCUCGGCCAUUCUCCUCGUCCUUGCCUGCAUUUCGGGGGCCAGCUCUCUACUGGGACCGGCAGCUCCCCCAAGAGCAGCAGCAAGCUCUGCACGGCGUUGACUUUGGCCCUACUGCGCGAUACCCUGAUGGAGUCAGUGAGGACUACCUUCAACAAGCCCACUUCCUGAGCGGCCUGGACGACUCGCUGGAUCCCCUGAAUCCUGCAAACUCGGGCUUUCUUGGUGGCUACUACCACCAUGAGCCGGCGUUGACCCCAAGAUCUGCGAGGAGGUCGCCGGGGCCACCCGAGUUGACCCCCAAAGUCUGCCACUACUACUUCAAGGGGUACUGUAAGCAUGGCUCCAACUGCCGGUACUACCAUGGCCAGAACGUUUUGACUUCCCAGCUCCUCAGCGCGAGCUCCAACGAUCUGGUCAACGAGGACAGUUCAAUCUCUCCCGGGUCGCUUGAGAAGCUCGAGCAUGAGCUCACAGAGCUACUCAAGUCGAGGGGCGGGCAGCCCAUCUCCAUCGCAAUGCUCCCAAUGCUCUACUUCGAAAGGUAUGGCAAGGUGCUCCAGGCUGACGGUUACCUCACCGAGAGCCAGCGGCAUGGAAAGGCUGGCUUCAGCUUGACGAAGCUCCUGGCCCGCCUCAAGAACAGCAUCCGGAUCCUAGAUAGGUAUUGUUACUGUCAAUUAUCAUUAUGAACACUCAAUUUCUUUCCAAGAAUUGUGUAUUUCAAUCCAUAAUAUACAAUUUAGUUAUCAUAUGGCGGUGGGUGAUACUGUGGUUGAUAGUGCUUCUUAUUUCCUUUCAUAUCAAAUAGCAGGCCACACGGGCAGCAUUCAGUGGUUCUGGUGGAAGAUGCGGGGUGGCAUUCGGAGUACCGGAGUGAGCGGGGUGAUCUGGGUGGCAGUGUCGCUGGGUCCCAGCAGAUCUACCUCACCUUCCCAGCCGAGAGCGAGUUCUCUGAGGAGGAUGUCUCCAACUAUUUCAAGUAAUUCCCCAGCUCCCUGUUUUGUUGCCAUCGGCCGCUCCUCAGCUUGCCCUUUUUGGGGGGCUCCUGCUUUUGCCAGGCAAUUUGGACCGGUCCGUGACGUGAGGAUCCCGUGCCAGCAGAAGCGGAUGUUCGGGUUUGUCACCUUCGAGAAGCAGGAGACAGCACAAUUCAUCCUGUCUCAGGGGAACCCUCACUUUGUCUGUGGCGCACGUGUCCUCGUCAAGCCAUACAAGGAAAAGUCGAGGGUUAGUGACAGGUAA